ACCGAAAGCUGAUCUGAGUUACGCAGUUUCCGCAAGCGGUGCAGUCUGGGCUUCUGCUGGCGCGACUGGCUAGCUGAGCACUAGAAAUGGACGUGUUCUUAAUGAUCAGGCGUCACAAGACCACGAUCUUUACAGAUGCCAAGGAGUCUACCACUGUCUAUGAGCUGAAGCGUAUUGUUGAAGGUAUUCUUAAGAGACCACCUGAAGACCAGAGGCUGUACAAAGAUGACCAGUCGCUAGAGGACAGCAAAACUCUUGGAGACUGUGGCUUCACCAACCAGACUGCCAGACCUCAAGCUCCGGGUACAGUUGGUCUGGCCUUCCGCGUAAAUGAUGAGAUGUUCGAACAGCUCCACAUCGAGGCCUUCUCCAGCCCCCCAGAUCUCCCCGAUGUGAUGAAGCCUCAGGACUCCGGUAGCACUGGCAACGAGCACGCCGUGCAGUGAUAACAGGGAGAGGAAACGAGCAAUGGAUGGAAGGAUGGAAGUGGGUGUGUGUGGAUUAACUGCAGUGGAGAAGUAGCACUGGAGGAUAAUGUAAUAUCAUUUCAGUUGAUGGAAGGGGACAUUAUAGGUAACCGAGCCUAUCAAUGUUACCGCCAUGCUAUCAUCCCAGCAUCUCCCCCAAUUUGCUUCACAAAACAUUUUUUUAAACAAACUCUUUAUAGUUUCCACAUCACAUGCGGUUCUGCUCCUUGACUUUGCUCUUAAGCACCAACUGGCUAAAACUUCUUGAGUGAAAAUGUUGGUUUGGAGGGUAUGAUUGUGCGUGUGCAUGAGUUAUUAUAAUUAUUGUCAUUAAUAUUUUGGAAACGGUGGAAGCGUAGUUGUGCGUCACAGUGCUCUAGAAGUAACAUGCAUAAGUAAGGAGUCGGGUGUCUGAAUCGGCGAACUGCAUGAAGAAAAUUCAAAACAAAGGCUUUAUUUUCACUGAAACGGAUAAACCUUAAACCGAAAAGUUUCCUUGGUGUGAUUCUCCCAGUUUUGUUGUACAUUUCUGAUUUGAUUUCAUACCAGGAAAGAAAGUCUUUAUAAUAAUUCUCUGUAGUUUUGUGUCAUCAUUUUGUUUUUUCAGUAUGUUUUACUUGUCAGUUCUUCGUCGUAUGUUUCAUGCACUGAGACCAAAGGCGGGUACCUCUUGGACAACAGAGGGAUUUUUAUUUUGGUCAAAGGACAUUCUGUCUGUGGCACGCAGGAAACACGGGGGGAGGGUAUUCUGGCGUUAAAACCUACGUUUUGGAUAAAUGCGUACAUCACCACAUGUCCCCAACAUCAAUGUGGCACCUUCCCCGGAUCACACAAACAUUUCCUGUAACUGUGAGCUUGCAUAAUUAAAAGUUUUUCCUGUUUUGUUUUUUA